GAGGGAGGCCGUGUGCCGAACAUGGCUGAGAAGCAGAAGCACGACGGGAGGGUGAAGAUCGGACACUACGUGCUGGGGGACACCCUGGGCGUCGGCACCUUCGGCAAAGUGAAGAUUGGAGAACACCAGUUGACAGGCCAUAAAGUGGCAGUUAAGAUCUUAAAUAGACAGAAGAUUCGCAGUUUAGAUGUUGUUGGAAAAAUAAAACGAGAGAUUCAAAAUCUUAAACUCUUUCGUCAUCCUCAUAUUAUCAAACUUUACCAGGUGAUCAGCACUCCAACAGACUUUUUUAUGGUCAUGGAAUAUGUGUCUGGAGGUGAAUUAUUCGACUACAUCUGUAAACAUGGGCGGGUUGAAGAGGUGGAAGCUCGGCGGCUCUUUCAGCAGAUUCUGUCUGCCGUGGAUUAUUGUCACAGGCAUAUGGUUGUCCACCGGGACCUGAAACCAGAGAAUGUGCUGCUGGAUGCUCAGAUGAACGCUAAGAUAGCUGACUUUGGACUGUCUAAUAUGAUGUCAGAUGGCGAAUUUCUACGAACUAGCUGUGGAUCGCCAAACUAUGCAGCACCUGAGGUCAUCUCAGGAAGGCUGUAUGCAGGUCCCGAGGUUGAUAUCUGGAGCUGUGGCGUUAUCCUGUAUGCCCUUCUCUGUGGCACCCUCCCCUUUGAUGAUGAGCACGUGCCUACGCUCUUUAAGAAGAUCCGAGGGGGUGUGUUUUAUAUCCCGGAAUAUCUCAACCGUUCUGUUGCCACUCUGCUGAUGCACAUGCUGCAGGUGGACCCCUUGAAGCGAGCGACUAUCAAAGACAUCCGAGAACAUGAAUGGUUUAAACAGGAUUUGCCCAGUUAUCUAUUUCCUGAAGACCCUUCCUAUGAUGCUAACGUCAUUGAUGAUGAGGCUGUGAAAGAAGUAUGUGAAAAAUUUGAGUGUACAGAAUCAGAAGUAAUGAACAGUUUAUAUAGUGGUGAUCCUCAAGACCAGCUUGCAGUGGCUUACCAUCUUAUCAUUGACAAUCGGAGAAUAAUGAACCAAGCCAGUGAGUUCUACCUCGCCUCUAGUCCUCCAACUGGUUCUUUUAUGGAUGAUAGUGCCAUGCAUAUUCCCCCAGGCCUGAAACCACAUCCUGAAAGGAUGCCACCUCUUAUAGCAGACAGCCCCAAAGCACGGUGCCCAUUGGAUGCACUGAACACAACUAAGCCCAAAUCUUUAGCUGUGAAAAAAGCCAAGUGGCAUCUUGGAAUCCGAAGCCAGAGCAAACCAUAUGACAUUAUGGCUGAAGUGUACCGAGCUAUGAAGCAGCUGGACUUUGAAUGGAAGGUAGUGAAUGCCUACCAUCUUCGAGUAAGAAGAAAAAACCCAGUGACUGGCACUUAUGUGAAAAUGAGCUUGCAGCUUUACCUGGUUGACAAUCGGAGCUAUCUUUUAGACUUUAAAAGCAUUGAUGAUGAGAUGGUGGAGCAGAGGUCUGGUUCUUCAACACCUCAGCGUUCCUGUUCUGCUGCUGGCCUGCACAGACCAAGGUCAAGUUUUGAUUCCACCACAGCUGAGAACCACUCACUUUCUGGUUCUCUCACCGGCUCCUUGACUGGAAGCACUUUGUCUUCAGCUCCCCCCCGCCUGGGCAGUCACACCAUGGAUUUUUUUGAAAUGUGUGCCAGUCUGAUCACUACCUUAGCUCGCUGAUACUCUACCACUGGUUUCUGUCUUUCUGUUACUGCACUGUGAAAAUCACAUACACUCUUGAAGUUAUUAGCUCACUUUUGGGUAUUACAUACUCUGCAAUAUCAAUUGAUGUGAAUAUUCCCAGGUGACAUGCAGUGUAUUGAAAUUACUGAAAACACAAAAGUCUGGCGUUUUGUUUACUUUUAGAAUUCUAUUCUACUGUGCCUAUGAUGAAUUCAAAUAGGUAGUA